AAAAAUAAAAACCAAGAUGAACCAAGAAUUCCAGACGAGAAGAAAGUCCUACGUGCACUCUACUACUAAAGAAAUGAUCAAAUAUAAAAAGUCUUGUGAAAAAGCUCAUAAACUUCUGCUAACCCAGACAACAGGGUCAGUUAAACACUCGGGUAAGCAAAAAAGCCAUGAAUCAAUAACAAAAUCUCAUGAAAAUAACAAAUCAACAUCCCUCAAGCGUGCUCAAAACUAUACUCCUACAAUGAAUCUCCACGAAAGCUUAAAGUACCAUCGUGAGACUCCAACACCUAAAUAACAUGAAGACCAAAGCUACUCUUGUAGAAAGAAGCAGGAACAAGCCUACUUUUGAUGUUGGUUCUAAAGGUUCGAUCAUUAAAAAUGCAACAUUUAAAUCUAAGAAGGGCGCAAGAAACAAGAAAAAGAUUAAACCAGACAACUCGUUUAAAUCCUUUAAGAAAUUAAAGCGCUCCAAGAACAAUAAGAGAGAAAAAGUCAUUAAGUGUCCUUGCGUUUGAUCUACUAACCAAGGAGAAGAGGAUCAUCAACAAUUAACCCCUUUAAAAACCAAGAUGUGAAACAGGAUUACUCCUCAUAUAAUAGUGGCAUCCCCAGAGAAUGAGCAAUCAAGUCAAGCUAUGUGGGUAGGUAAAAGCCCUACAAGUAAGACAAAUGCAUACUUCACCCAAGGAAGGAAUGAGCAGCUUAUGAUAUCUACCUCAAAGGGAUUUAGUUCGAAGAAAUCUGUGUGAGACCUCCCAAAAUCCAAACUGACUAAGCCAGCCAAAAAGAUCAAAAAGAAGAAGGGUAAAAAAACCAACAACGGCCUAGUCCUUGAUACAUCAAUCUUUGCAAGUAAAAGCCCAGUCAAUACCUCCUCUUUCAAGUUCUUUGUAGAUGAAGGAAAUGAAAUAAAAAGAGAAGACCAAUGUAGGAAGAUCAAUGACAUGACCCUCCAAAUCCAAAAUAGAGAUGCGAAGAUAAAAUUACUCGAGGAUAAGAUCAAAGAAAUGGAGAAAAAUCAUAUCGAGGAAAUAAAAUAAGUUAAACCAGCUAUAUUCUCAGAAAGAAAACCAAAGGCAGAAAUCUGAAAACAGUCUUAAAAAUAGAAUUAUGAACCUUGAAAUGGAAACUCAGCAGAAAUAACUUGAAUAUCACCAACUUUCUUGAGCAAGAAGGUUCACAGAUCUCGUCAAGAAAUAGAUGAGACGAGUGUGAAAGACUCAGAUCCAUUAUAAUCGAGAUGGAAAACCAAAUAGAAUCUUAUAAGAAGUCUAUUUUAAGAAAGGAAAAUAAUGUAAAGACUUCAACCAACUAUGGACAUUCAUACCUAAAAUCCUACAUAAAAGAUAUCGAGAAUGACAAUCUUGAGUUAGAGAGCUUACUUCUUGAUCACGAAAAUGACUUGCAAAGCAUUCGAUACAACCAAUCUCCUUUAGAUCAACAAGAUGAAGUGACCAAAGUAUCCUUUAUCACACUUUCUCAGCCUAAGGCAGCUAACGAUACUUCUUCAGAUGCUGAUUACAUCUUAAAAGCUUCUCCUAGGGUUGAGACUCCUGACUUAUCCUGCUCAAAAUCUUCCAAAAUGCCUUCAAAUAAUUCUGAAGCACCCAAAUACACUAAAUUCUCAAUUGAUUGCCCUAAAAGAAAUCAAACCAACAAAGCAUCUAUGCAGGAAAAAUCUUUUUAACAUUAUGACAAAAGAAGAGUAAUCAGAGAUAUACAAACAAGGCGAAGAAAGAAUUACGAAAAACACAAAAAAUUAAACUCUGCUA